UGUGAUGGUCACACCGCCCAUGACGAAUUCACAAAACAAAUAAUAAUAAUAAUCAAAUUUGGCCGAAAAUAAUGAACAACUAACGCAAUCCAAGUCAACCUGCGUGGAGACGGUGACCCACAUGCUGUAGCAUGGACAAGCUCCGCGGCGGCAGCCUGGUCGGCGGUGGAUCCUCCAGCGGGAAUGCGGGCUCGGAGCACCACCAACUGGAGCAGUACCCCAAAAACCUGAUCGAGCAAUAUCUGAGGGCCUCCAGCAAGAUCAAGAAGUUCGAGCGGGCCGGCUUCUUUAAACGCUUUGCGCCCAGCGUGGUCGAUGUGCAGGCGGACUUCCAGAGACUGGCCUACAGCUUCGAGGAGUCGGGCAUCCAGCAGUACGCGGCCAUGUGCCACAUCGGCUUUGCCAAGUGCGAGUCCUACGGCGGCGCCCCGCAGCGCGAAUCGGAGGCCUACCUGCGGGCAGCGCGGUCCUUCCUGGCGGCACACAACGAAUCCGGGCAGCUGCACCUGCGCACCCGGCACUCGGGCUUCCGGGAGGGCGCCCUGCACUGCUAUCACCGUGCCGCGGAUCGAGCCGUGGACGAGGGCGUCUUCAAGGCGGCCAUUCUGCGAGAACUGAAGCAGCUGCAGCGCCAGCUGGACAGCACCAGCAGCUUCGCCUCGCCCACACACCAGAUCCACGACCUGGAGAGCAGCGCCGAGACCUGUGGCCAGCGCGGCGACUUCCGCAGUGCCCUGCAGCACUACGACGACAUUGUGGACAAUGUUUACGAGCGGCGCGGGGCUCGCAUGUACGGGGAUCUCUUGCGGCGCGUGGAGGUACUGCGUCUGCUGCUGCUCGUCCACUUGAAUCUGCCGCCCGCCCGCCAGUCACCUGCCCACAUCAAGCUGAUCGAGUACUACUAUAAUUUGGCCCAGUUUGAGGCGCGUCCCAGCUCGGAGGACGAUGGCGGAUCGGUGGAGCGGCCGGGAGCGUUUGUGCCGGAGCAGCAGCAGUACGCGCUGGCGGAGAUUACGUGUGCCUGGGUGGAGCGCAAGAUGUGCGAUCUGAAGCACCUGCUGCGCGACUUUGGCGCGGAAUUCGGAGCUCUGAGCGACGCGGAGAGGCAGCUGCUGACGGUCAUGCACGCGGAACUGUCCAGGAGCUACUAGAUUACGGACUUAAGGAUCUUACUGUACAUUAUAUACUAUUGGGUCACUACCAUGAUAGCACAUGUUAAGCACUAUCGCUUAAGUGUAACCAAGUCUACCAACUAACCUUUGAACGUGCCUACACGCAUAAAAACAAAACAUUAACAAACGAGAGACCAGGUGAAUGCAGCAAUAAGUAGACGGUGCGAAGCGCAAUGGAAUGUAAUAACAUUUAAGCAAGCAAAUUUGAGAUUUGUACAAUAAAUAAAGAAAUGCGAAUGGAGAUUGAUUACCCAGUAAUAUCUGAUUCAAUAGAUUGAAAUGUGUGGUUUUUAGAGGAAUAUAAGUUAAUUGUUUUGAAAAUCCAAAGUUCACCUAAAAACCCUGAACCAUUUAAAACUAUCAUUGGAAUUGUAUAGAGCCAGAUUUAACUUGAGGAAUGCGCUUUGCCAAGUUCUUAGAACAAACUCUUUGAGGACCCACUCAAAAUUAGCCACGUUUUUCAUUAUUUUGGUCAUUUAAUUUGUUUAUUUACCUUGUCAAGCAACUUCUGUUUAUUAUCUUAGCAAUUUCUCAAUUAAGUUAGCUAAUUAUACGACACAUUUCGACUGCCACAACUGAUAUUCAGCUUCAAAUUGGUUAGAUUUCUAUAUCGCAUUGUAUAUGUUUCGUGUUUUCUUUGUGUUUGCAUAAAAAACGUUUUGUUUUAGCUGGAGUUUACAACUCCAAUUUGUUAAAUAACCUAUAAUAUCUUCUUA